UUUAGUAGUUUCUUUCCACCACCAGCAAUGUUACAUGAUCAGACGAAUAGCUGCAUAAAACUUUAUCCGAAUAUCGAAGAUUCCUAAUCACCUUCCAAGUAAUUAUUUUUUUAUAUAUAUAAACAUUUCACGUUACAUGAUUCGUAGCUCCGCCAAGGUUCAGGAGUAGCUGCAUUUCGUAUCUCAUGCAAAGUCAAGAUACUUUGGCUGAAUUGGUAAAAUAAGAAUACUCGGCUGCUCUGAAAAUGCGUAAAUACUUGUAAAAUUGAUCAGCAUCGUACAUCGCCUUGUGCGAAGGAGUCUGUUACAUACAGGUAACGACAAUUCGGGAGAUAUAUAACGGUAAGAGAGUGAACACUCCCUAUGCCGGCGCUGUAAUUGGACUGAUGGCUCGCUCAGCCAAUCGCCUUCUAGCGGGGGCGGGGCUACAGCCCCCAGGACAACAGCGCGGUUCCUCACUGCACCGCACUGCACUGUACAUCCUGCGCAUCCAGACCUUCGAUGAGCGCUUCGCGCCGGGCUCCUCGCGUUCGUUUGUUUCCUCUGCUCGAGAUUUCGGUUCUCACCGAUGGGUGCCUGACGAAACCGCGGAAGGCGCGACUGAUGAGGUAACGCAUAUAUUAUAUAAUAUUUGCCGGCAGCGGGAAACAAUCAUCAUCAUGUCCAGCGUCCUGCACGCGGCGUCGUCCGCGGUGCGGCGGGGGCGGUUCGGCGCGGCGAAGCGCGCAGCCCUUCUGGUGGCCGCCGCGUACGCGGUGAAGACGCUGCAGCCCGUCAUCUGGAAACACGUCGCCAGGCGCGGUCACCGCGGAAAGGCGACCGCCGCCGGCGCCGCUUCGCCGUGUGCGUCGUCGCUGUUAGUGUCUCCGGCGGGGGACAGCAGCGACAGCAGCGACAGCAGCAGCAGCAGGGCUCCGCCGGGCGCGAACGCCGAGUUCCUCAGGCAGAUCGUGCAGCUCGCGAGAAUCCUCUUCCCCAGGCUCAUCAGCAAGGAGCUCGGGCUGCUCUCGCUCCACUCCGUGGCCCUGGUGUCCCGCACCUUCCUCUCCAUCUACGUGGCCGGCCUGGACGGCAAGAUCGUCAAGACGAUCGUGGAGAAGCGGCCGAGGAGCUUCGCCGUGGAGCUCGUCAAGUGGCUCCUGAUCGCCAUCCCGGCCACGUUCGUCAACAGCGUCAUCCGCUACCUCGAGGGCCAGCUCGCGCUGGCCCUCCGCACGCGCCUCGUGGAGCACGCGUACCGCACGUACUUCGCCGAGCAGACCUACUACAAGGUGAGCAACAUGGACGGCCGCCUGGCGAACCCGGACCAGUCGCUCACCGAGGACAUCAUGAUGUUCUCGCAGUCGGUGGCGCACCUCUACUCGAACCUCACCAAGCCCAUCCUGGACGUGGUGCUCACCUCCUACACGCUCAUACAAACGGCGCGCUCGCGCGGGGCGGACGCCGGCGGUCCCACGCUGCUCGCGGGCCUCGUGGUGUUCGCCACGGCCAAGGUGCUGCGCGCCUCUUCGCCUCGGUUCGGCAAGCUCGUGGCGGAGGAGGCGCACCGGAAGGGCUACCUGCGCUACGUGCACUCGCGGAUCAUCGCGAACGCGGAGGAAAUAGCCUUCUACAGGGGACACGCGGUGGAGAUGCGGCAGCUGCAGAAGUGCUACCGGGUCCUGGCGGAGCAGAUGAACCUGAUCCUGUCCAAGCGCCUGUGGUACAUCAUGCUGGAGCAGUUCCUCAUGAAGUACGUGUGGAGCAGCUGCGGACUCGUCAUGGUGGCGGUGCCCAUCAUCACGGCCACGGGCUACGCGGACAGCGUCAGUGCGUUAACCAGCGGUACCUACGUCCCCCAUGCAGAGCUGGCAGACGGUCACACACAGGUGUUGGUGAGCGAGAGAACUGAAGCUUUCACUACGGCACGCAACCUCUUGGCCUCCGGGGCUGAUGCCAUCGAGAGGAUCAUGUCUUCCUAUAAAGAGGUCACCGAGUUGGCCGGCUACACGGCCCGGGUGCAUGACAUGUUCCUGGUGUUCGACGAGGUGCAAAGGGGCAUGUAUAAGCGCUCCACUGUGUCCCAGGAGCCCGCAGGGGAGCUCAAGAACCUGGAGGAGUCAAAAAUGCAUAUAGACGGCCCUCUCGAGAUCAAAGGGGAAGUCGUAGACGUGGACAAGGGUAUCAUAUGCGAGAAUGUGCCCAUAAUUACCCCCAGUGGAGAUGUUGUGGUGUCCAGCUUGAACUUUAAGGUGGAGGAGGGAAUGCACCUCCUCAUCACGGGGCCCAAUGGAUGUGGGAAGAGCUCUCUGUUCCGCAUCCUCAGUGGCUUGUGGCCUGUGUACAGUGGGGUCCUGCACAAGCCAGCCCCGCAGCACAUGUUUUACAUCCCACAGAGGCCCUAUAUGUCCAUUGGUACGCUACGCGACCAGGUCAUCUACCCGGACACGGUGGAGGACAUGCACAGGAAAAGCUACAGUGACCUUGAUCUGGAAGUCAUCCUUGAUAUUGUCAAUCUCAACCACAUUGUGACCCGUGAAGGAGGGUGGGAUGCCGAGAUGGACUGGAAGGACGUUUUGUCUGGAGGAGAGAAGCAGAGGAUGGGGAUGGCCCGCAUGUUUUACCACAAACCAAAGUAUGCACUGCUGGACGAGUGCACAAGUGCUGUCAGCAUUGAUGUGGAGGGGAAGAUCUUCCAGGCAGCAAAAGAUGCCGGGAUCUCCCUGCUCUCAAUUACCCAUAGGCCCUCUCUCUGGAAAUACCAUACCCACCUGCUGCAGUUUGACGGUGAGGGUGGCUGGCGCUUUGAGCAACUGGACACGGCCACCCGGCUCUCCCUGACCGAGGAGAAGCAACGCCUGGAGUCCCAGCUUGCUGGAAUUCCAAAGAUGCAGCACAGACUGAACGAGCUGUGCAAGAUCUUGGGAGAGGAUUCUGUCCUCAAGACGAUUGAUGCUUGAAAGAGAGCGACUGCUCCUGCAGAAGUAUUACGUGUUCCCUCAGUGCACAUGCAGCACUCUUAAUUUGGUGGUACAGAACUAAUCAAAAUUAUGUUUCUAAAUUAAAUAGACACAAAUCUUUUACUUGAACACACAAAAGAGGAAUAAACCUUUUAUUGCUGAGCACCUUAUUAAGUCAAGGCAGUAGCCAUUUACCCAUUUGAAUCGAAAUUAAUCAUUUUAAUCAUCAGGAUAGUGUAUAUACCUGUUUAUAUACAAUGAAUAUUAAUAAUUUGGAACAUAGGAAUUUCUCAGUUUCUCUUGAGGAUGUUUACAUAAUAACUUGGGUCGGAAGCCCUUGAAAGAUGGUGUAAAGGCCCUUUCGACCUCACGUUAUAGUUUCCCUAGCCUUUUGUUAAAGAAAUGCAGAAGCAUCAAGAGAAGUCAAUAUUGUUCUGAGGUGUUCUGCUUAAUUAGUGAUAAGACUUGUGAUUGAAGAAGUUCAGAUUCACCUCUGCUUAGGCAGCAUGCUUGCAUCAGAGUGGCCGGUCUUUCUCCUUGCGCUACUCCAUUGUUCAUGGGCUGUGUUGCAUUGCAAGGCCAGUGGAACGUGUCAUGUUAAACUGACACUUCCAGUUACAAACAUCUAUGCAAUCUGCAAUACAACAGUAGAAUGCCCAGGAGGGGUGGGCAACCACUGGUACUUGGACUGCACCUCGAGACAUUCAUUUGUCUGUUUCUUUGUGGACUAGGAGUAUUUUGUUUUCCUCUCCUCGGUUGCCAUCUGGCCUUUUCUGUUAACUAUAUCUGUUAUAACUGUAAGUCUUGAUCAUUCACAGCAACUCUGUUCAGACCUCUGUCACUCUGCUGAGUAGAGCUCGCUAUAAAAAUAAACUGCAUUAAAUUGAAUAUGAGGGGAAAAAUGGCCUCCUUGAAAGACAAACAUGUUAACAUUUGCUCUUUACGCAUUGAAACGUAGCAAAUCUAUCCCUAUCCUAAGGGCUGCUACAAUUUGUGAACCAUGUCAAUCAAUACCAUCAUACUGCAGCAGAGAUCACAGGUUGUGCACGCCAGCAUGAGUUGGUAUGGUGUGGGUAAAUUUGGUGCUGACUGGUAGCGGAUUUGUUUCGGUGGACCACUGUCACUCAGGAGUCCUAGAGAGGUGGACAGGAGCGCUGUGUCUGAGACUGCGAGAGCAGCCUGCACAUGUGACUGAGGGGACCAGGUCCAUGUAACCUGGCCCCGAUUCAUCCGUCUUUCAUACAUGAUACCACUGAAGUCCACCACUUUAAUUCUGGAACCCACUGGAUCUUCCUGUUCUCUUUUAGAAACCACCUCUUCCUUCUUCCAUCGCUGUGCUAUUUUAACUUUUUCAGUGACUUAGAUAUUCUGAAACUUCCUAUGAUUUUUUCACACCUCUGAAAUUGUCGAGCGUCUUUAAAGGAUGACUGAACAUUUUGUUCAUUUUAAUCAGGCAACUUUCUGUGAAGUUUUAAUACGUCCUCGAAAUGUGUGAUCCAUUUUGAAUAUGAUAACUGUUUUCCAUUGCCAAUGUGACAUUUUAUUUUUGUCAACUCAACAAGAUUGCUAUUUCACGAUUGCGUAUUUGGUGCAAGCUGCCUCGGACAAUUAUACUGUGAACGUUUUUGAGAGAAAGUCCUGUUUCCUUUGUGUUCUUACUUUAAAAGCAUUCCUAAGCCUCAGACAACUUUUCAGACUUGAGCAGUUCGUUUGGCUUAUUUUACUAAUUCUCUCCACUAAAAGGCAACGUAUUGUUGAGCGCAAGGCUGGCCAAUUAUGUCGAACUUGUUUCUGAGCUGCGCGGCUGCAUUAGUAUUCGCUAGGCAGCUCUUCGCUCCUUGCGCAGCGAACGAGACGCCUCGGAUUGCAGCGCGCGGCAUAAGAGGCAAACGGUCAUUGGACGUCACCAUGAACCCAGGUGUGUUGGCGGCAGCGCAGGCCUGAUCGCGGCCUUCCGUCACACAAUAGCGAGAGACCCCCUUACACGUCACUGUAAGACUGAUGGUAAAAGUGACGGCGCCAACUACACCUCGGGUUCUCUGGCUGCGUGAGACUAGCUCAUGCCGACUGAAUGUGAGCGGGCGGGACAGUUGCGCCAGUAAAUACCAGUGAUCCACAGCACUAUCCAAAAAUCACAUGCAGCUACUGCUCUCCUAGCAGGACAAGCUGCUGCAUGUGGAGAGC